AUGAAAAAGGUGGGGAAAGAAGCAAUAAAAGAGAAAAGGGUUAGAAAAGAUGACAAAGAGAGUACGAAGUGGUGGUGGGAGUAUAAAAAAAAGGUGAGGGAGAGAAUAGGAGAAAGAAGAGGCGAAGAUAGGGAGAGCAGGAGUAAAGAGAAGGGCUUGUUGUCGUCGCCGUUUUGCCACCGCCAGGCUGCUGUAUCGCCACUGAGGAUCUCGAAGGGAUGUCUCGCCGCCGUUGUGCUCUGUCGCCGCACUGCCGUUGACUGGAGCUCGCCGCUGAGCUGCUGCACCGUCUCCAAGCCGUUGCGUCACCGCUCAUCUCUUCUUCACCAUCGCCGCUCAUCACCAUGGUUGUAUCCUCUGUCACCAGAUAUAAAAUCAGGACAUGGAUUUGUUGUUGGAGAUGAAGGGUACAGGCAGGACAGUGACAUUCAGAAAGUUAAGCUUUCAAGGGAGGCAUUGACACAGCUCUCCAAGUUAGUUGAGUCCAGAGUUAGUACAGGUCUCGAUACGAUCUUAACACUAUUCUAUUCCUUUUGGAAUUGGGGCUGCUACCAGGUUAGAUUAAAUACUAUCUACCAUAAAUCUUCUAUUUGCAUAUCUAGAGGCUGUGGAUGGCAGCACCUUGGGCCUUUCAUAAAUCUAAGAGCAUUCUACCUAUGUGGGAUUUCACUUGCUGCAACAUUGGCAUUUUGGGUCAAAUUAAGAGGUAAAGAACUUUGGAUUGGUAUGACCAUCUUUUCUAAGUUUAAACAGCAUCCUCCCCCUCUCCCUGUAACUUAUAUUUGUCAAUUUGCACCAGGUUCCAUUUUUUUCUGAUCUUGUAGCUGAUGAAGUCUCUAGGUUAAUUUUAAUUUUGUUGUUUAGAUUUUGUAUGAAUUUAAUUAGACUUGAAUUUUUAGGUUUAACUUAGUUUGAAUUAGGAUUUCAAAUUAGAAUUAGCUUUAGUUGGUGAACUUUGAACAUGUUAUUCUAGUUCUUGAGU